AUGCAAAAGUAUGUAAUUAUAAAAGAGCUUGGAAGUGGUUCUUAUGGCAAAGUUUAUCUGGCAAAGAUUAAGAAAAGUGGAGAACAAGUCGCUCUGAAAGAAAUAGAGAUGUCUUUACUUGAUGAACAAGCAAAAUCAAAAGCAUUUGAAGAAGUACAGUUCUUAUCUUCAUUACAACACCCAAAUAUCGUUGCCCACAGAGAAUCAUUCCAAGAUAAUGGUAAGUUUUACAUCGCAAUGGAGUAUGUUGAUGGUGGAGAUUUAAGUGACAAGAUAUCGAACAGAAAAACACCAUUUACAGAAGACGAAGUACUCAAGAUAUUCAUACAAAUAUGUUUUGCAUUAAAAUAUAUUCACGAAAAGAAAGUUGUCCAUAGAGAUAUUAAACCACAAAAUGUUUUUCUUACUCAUUUAGGAAUUGUUAAACUAGGUGACUUUGGAGUUGCUAGAGCACUUGAAGGUACUCAAGAUAUGUGCAAAACUGUUAUUGGCACUCCUUAUUACUUAUCUCCUGAAGUAUGGUCAAAUCAGCCAUACAGUACAAAAACAGAUAUCUGGUCGUUGGGAUGCAUACUUUACGAACUUUGUACGUUAAAUAGACCAUUCAAUGGCAGAUCUCCUCAACAAUUGUUUGCAGCAAUAAUAAGAGGCCAUUACAACAAAGUUUCUACGAAAUAUUCAGCUGCCAUACGUAAGCUUAUUGACUCAAUGCUGAAUCCAGAUGCAAACGCUCGUCCUACAGCUGCAGAUAUUUUACAACUACCAUUCAUACAAGCUAAGUCAAAGAAAAUGGUUGAAGAAAAUCAGGAUCAGCUUAAGAAUGUUAAUAUCAUCGCAAGAAAAGAUAAAUCCCCUAAAAGACAUCAAUCUCCUCAAAGAAAGAAAACAGUCAAUCUUAAACCAGUUCCAGAAACACCAGAUAACGAUCCUCUACCUCUUCCAGACGAAGAACCUCCUAGAUGGGCUCAACGUGGACCUGCUUUGCAAAAAUCAGAUCCAAUCAUCGUGGAAGAAGAAGAUCAGCCAGAACCAAACGAAUGGGAUGAUCUUAAAACAUUUACAGAGCAGUUGCGCGAUUCAAUUUCAAAUUCUACGACUUAUGUCGCUGAUGCUUCUUUACCUCACGAUAAACAAAGCGCACAAGCAGAAAUUGAUUCAAUCAUGGCUUCUCUGUCAUCUAUUCAGCCAAUGCUGAUAUCAAUGCUUGAAGAUAACAUAAUAAACGAAGAUCAAGAAUCUUGUCAAGAAUUUAUUGAAAUAUUUGCACAGAGCGAUCCUCAGACAGUUGAGAAAAUGCGUAGAGUUGUUAAGAUCAAAAAGAUGUUUGAUUUAUAG